UGGGGCCCCCCUACUUGGGAUAAUGCAUGGCUAUUUUAGUGGCCGGAGCCCUGGAGUGGGAAUAAAGCCUUGGCUUCCAUUCAUGACCUAGGGCAAGUCCCUUAAUUUAGUCUCUCCAUCUCUGAGAGUAGGGUCCCUCCACACCCAGGUAUUUUAAGGACGUAUUUGACACAGAUAUGCAAGUGGUACAGGAGUUAUAUGGUAUAUGUCAUGUUCCCAUCCAGCGCUUUUUUUUUUUUCUUCAAUUGUUCAGGCUCAGAUUAUUUUAAGACAGUGCUUCUUAACCUCCUGGUACAAACAGCGCAGUUUCAAAUACGAGGGCUUUUGGCAGUGCACAGGAAGGAACUAAAAAACUCCAAAUAGUACUAGAGUCAGCUAAAAUCAUAACACAGCCCCCACUGAAGUUCCCCCGCAGCAUGUAACAAUGUGGAUCAAAGCAUCCACAGUUCUCGCCGUUCGCUUCGCUGCCCAUCAGUCCUGUCGCACUGUUGGAAUAAAACAGUCUUCCGCCUUCACUAGGACUACUUAUCUUUGCAGGAUAAGGCUGCUGAGCGUUCCAGAAAGCUCUGGACCUUUCUCUGGGGACAAAAGCCGGAGCCCCUAGCCUCUUAACAGAGAGUCGUGGCCCGGGUUACACUGAGUUUCUUGCAAAGCCCCUCUCAGUGAGUCGCUCCAGCUGACAGACGUUGUGUAGCACAAUGCCUCCCCUGUUUUUGCAAAGUUAAGUUCUACCUAGUGGUGGAAUGUUGGUGCACCCCUGGGAGAAAGGUCCAUGGCCCACCAGGUGAGACCUGCCCCUGGGAAAGGGGCUCAGAGUGGCCCUGGAAGGCCUGGAACCUCCUUUGAUUCUGCCCGUUCUCUCCUCCCCCAUCUGGGCCCUCAGCAGCUCCUGAAGGAGUACCCCUCUAUCCACCUCCUCAGCGGCACCUGCAUUCUGCUGUCCCUCCACUUUGCCCUGAAUUCCUGCUUCCCCUCCUCCAUGCCUCCAAGGCCAGCAGCCAUGGGAACUUCCAAAUAUGAAGAUCGGACGACUUGCCUGCUUAGGAACUGCUGUGGUUUCCUUGUGCACCUGGAACACCAUCCAAACUCCUACCUGGUCUUACAGGCAGUGCCCUGUGUGACCUGACCCCUGGCCGCUGGGUUUUCAUUCUAUUCCUCAAAUGCCACAAGUGUGUUCCUACCUCAGGAUCUUUGCAUGUGCUGCGCCCUCUGCUGGAAUGUUCUUGAUGUGCCAGCUUCCUUCUCAUCAUUCACUUUUCAGCUCACAGUGCCCCUUCCUCAGAGGGGCUUCCCCAGCCCGCUGACUACCACACUCGCUCAAAUUGCCUUGCUUCCCUCUUGACAGUGAGGACUACGAGAUACUAUUUAAUUUGCAUGUUCACAGCCCCAUUCUGCACCCACCCACACUCAGACUGCAGGUGUGCCCUGGGAAGGCAGGAGCUUGUCCACCUUGUUAUUUUCAUGCUUUGUCUCCAGGACCUAGAAGAGUAUGGGAAAAUUGGUGAGGAUGCAGUAAGUCAAUGAAUGAAUGAAUGAGAGAAAAAGUAAAUGAGUGAAGCCUCUUGUAGCCAGGCCAAGCCACAACUGAAGUCAUCGUGUCGUGAACCGAAUGCUCCCUUCCAUCCAGCUACGUUGGGGCUGGUAUUGACUGGAUGGUUAGAACACUUCUGGGAAAUGAUGGAGGGGCAGCCGUGCAGUGGCACUGGGCAUUGAUCUCAUGUGCUCUCUGCACUGGAGUGAGCUGCGGGUCAGCUGCCAAGUGGGAGAUCUGCCUGGCUGCCCAAGAGAGCUCAGGCCUGUGUCCUGUGCCUCAGCGUAGCCUGUCCUUCUGUCUGUCUAGGAGCUGCUGGGCUCCUGAUCUGGGAGGGUAGUGCUCUCUGUGUAGCAUGCCCGGGAUGAUGAGGGAGGGGUCCAGGCCACAGCUACCCUCUGUAGUGCCAGGAGCAGAGCUGAGCCGAGGAUGUGUUUGCUGUAACUGACCAGGGGGCCUGGCCUUCCAGGGAGGGCUUGUUGCUCCUGCCUUAGAGGAACCUGCUGUGGUCAGUGAGGGCAAAGGUAGAGGAACCUGGUUCCACCAGAGGCUGAGGAGAGUCAGGGAGGCUGUGAGUUGCUGCUCCAUUUUCCUUUGCUCUGCCAGGAAAGUGGGAUGUGGCUUCCGGGAUGGGGGAGGGUGUUCCACCCAGGGCAGGCCGUGGGGAGUGGCCGCCCUCUUGCCCUGUCAUCAGGCAGCCUGUUUUAGCCACUUCCCCAGAGCUGAGUCACGGUGCUUAGCAACACCCCCGAAAGCCACAGCUCCAUUUGGCACCGUCCCCUUCUGAGGGUGCACUCAGGCCUCCUGAACUGCCCCCAGGACUGGCCUGGGCCACCUGCUUGUACUUAAACUCCAUCCCCUCAUCCCCAAAUCAUUCUCUGUUAGGAGCUUAGGGUGACAAUGUCACUCAGUAGCCAUGAAACCAAGGACUUAAAAACAAGCCAGGGAGGGAACUUUCCCAGCCCUCGAGCCCAGGCUGUCCAGUCUGAGUUCUGGCUCUGGGACCCCAGAGGGGUCCUCACCCCAAACCCAGGACUGCCAGGUCCUGCAGCCCCUCCUCCCUGGACAGUGGGACAAGUAGGUGACUCCAUGUGGGACUCAACUCUUGGGACUUUUUCAUGCUGGAUAUUGAAGAUGGUUUGGUUUUUCACAAGUCACAAAGCCUUGUUCCUACCCCCAGGGAGCAAGACCCCAGGCAGCACAUAACCAUUUGCCAGCCUUGUCGCUCUCUUUCUGGGAUGUAGGGCCGUGCAGGAUGCUGGGAAUCUCGUGGCUGCCCCAGGCGUUUCCCUGCUGGCCCCUCUUACCUGUUCUCUAGCCCUACCUGCAGGAAUGUGCUAGAAGGGGGGUGAAUGGGAUGGUGGGGACUCUCUUCCGCUGUAGCCAUGGUGGCCAGAGGGGUCUGCACCCUCUCUGCUGAGUCCCGGGCAACUGGGCCUGCGGUUUUCCUUUUCUCUCUAGUGAGCACUUGAGAUCGGGGAAACCACCACGCUGGAAAUUGCUUCCUGGGCCUGGGAGUUCCAGUGAAACCCUUAUGCAACUCUGGAGCCCUAUGACCUCCUCCUUACCACCCGCUCCAACUGCUGGACUUCAGAUCUGACCCCAGACCUGCCUGCUGCCUCAGGAGGGCCAGCCUCCCCUCCCGUCAUUGGGCAAGAUGCCGAUCCUCAAGCAGCUGGUGUCUAGCUCGGUGCACUCUAAACGCCGCUCCCGAGUGGACCUCACGGCCGAGAUGAUCAGUGCCCCGCUAGGCGACUUCCGCCACACCAUGCACGUGGGCCGGGCGGGGGACGCCUUUGGGGACACCUCGUUCCUCAACAGCAAGGCUGGCGAGCUGGACGGCGAGUCCCUGGAUGACCAGGCCUCCUCCUCCUCCUCCUCCAAACGCAGCCUCCUGUCCCGGAAGUUCCGGGGCAGCAAGCGGUCACAGUCGGUGACCAGGGGGGACCGGGAGCAGAGGGACAUGCUGGGCUCCCUGCGGGACUCGGCCCUCUUUGUCAAGAAUGCCAUGUCCCUGCCCCAGCUGAACGAGAAGGAGGCCGCAGAAAAGGGCUCCAGCAAGCUGCCCAAGAGCCUGUCGUCUAGCCCCGUGAAGAAGGCGAAUGCCGGCGAGGGCGGAGAGGAGGAGGAGGUGGGCGUGGGGGAGGUGGUGCCCCGGCGGAACGGGGCUGCUGCCCCCCACUCCCCUGACCCCCUCCUCGAUGAGCAGGCCUUCGGGGACCUGACAGAUCUGCCCGUUGUGCCCAAGGCCAGCUUCGGGCUGAAGCAUGCCGAGUCCAUCAUGUCCUUCCACAUCGACCUGGGGCCCUCCAUGCUGGGCGACGUCCUCAGCAUCAUGGACAAGGAGGAGUGGGAAGCAGAGGAGGACGAUGGCGGUUUCCAUGGUGACGAUGACCCAGCAGGCGGUCUCCCCCAGGACCCCCCUUCCGUGGCAGAGGCCCCUCCCCUGAUUAGGCAGGAAGGCAAGGCAAGCCCUGACUUGCCCCCACUGCCCCCCCAGGCUCUGCAGGACGAGGGGUGGGCGGCGGCGGCCCCUAGCCCCGGCUCGGCCCGCAGCGUGGGCAGCCACACCACGAGGGACAGCAGCUCCCUCUCCAGCUGCACCUCGGGCGUCCUGGAGGAGCGCAGCCCUGCCUUCCGGGGGCCAGACAAGGCCCGGGCUCCUCUCGCCAGGCAGCCCGACAAGGAGUUCUCCUUCAUGGACGAGGAGGAGGAGGAUGAAAUACGAGUGUGAGGCUGGCAGGAGAUGGUGGCUGCACGCUCUUGGCCUCAUCUCCCUGUGCCCAGCCCGCCACCACCCUCCUCUUUCCUCUCCCUGUGCAUGGGCAGCCAAGAGCCUGGCUUCGGCCACACAUCCUGGACCUCAUAGAUGAGGGGCGUUGGCCAAGCCUGGGCACCUGUGGAGGACUUCGGGAGCCGGCCUGGGUGCCGAUGGGGUGCCUGACUUCAUUGCACGCCCUGCUCUCCCCGAGCUCUCUACGACAGGGCUGUUCUGGAAGCAGGAAUCAGUUUUGCCUGGCCUCAGACGGAUGCCAGGGGUCAGCCUGACUUCCUGCCUCGUGCAGCAAUGGCAGGUCAGCCCAGGGACGGCCUGAGGGCCAGAGCUAAGGACAUGGGGCUCACUUUUCCCUCCUGGCGUUUCUGCUGUGACUGGCGGUGUUUGCCAGGGUAAGUGCACGUGGCAGGAGGACCGGGGUGGUCACACAUCCCGGCCCCUCCCUACACCGUCCCUGGCUCCUGCACCGGAAGCCUGGAGCCCCUUGGAGUAAAGCUGGACCGAAUUUGUACACUAAACGCGUCCCCUUCCUGGGGACGAGAACAGGAAGGAAACCCCGGGGCUGCUUGAAUUUUCAAGAAGGGGCCCGUCCGGGACGACACUAGGAACAGGCUGCGGCCCUCAGUCUCUGUGGGUCUGUUCGUUCGUUCUUGUUAUGUUUAAAUCCUUCUAGAGCAAUAUCAGGAACAGUGUUAGUAGGCCUGCCACCAGAGGGAAAAUCCAAUCCCUUUAGAAAACCUUUAUACUAAGCGCUUCCAAACUUUGUUUAGAACUAUACGGGGUGGGUAUCUCUAUGUCGCCCCCCCUCCCCCCUUGGCUAUUAACAACUGAAGGCGGCCAGUGUAGAAAAUUUCUGGAAAAUGAUUUUUUAAAAAAUAAUAUAUCAUUCCUAUGGAGGGAUAAAAGCUUUUUUGACUGGGUUAUUCCCUCCCCCCCCCCCCCCCCCAACAAACACUACUUCCCCUUCCCUUCUCAGCUCUGCCAGCUGACCCCCUUCCCCACUUCGGGGGCCAGGGCCCCUGCAUACAGGGGUGCCAGAUUUAGCAGCAAAACAGAAUGCUAGGUUAAAUUAGAAUUUCAGGCAUACAAAGGAUAAUUUUUUAGUGUAAGUAUGCCCCAUGCCAUGUUGGAACACACUUACACGCUAAGAAAUUAUUUGCUGUUAUUCUGAAAUUCACAUUGCCCUGUGUGUCCUGUGACCCUGCCCGAGGGGACUGAGUGGGAGCCGGGCUGUGAGCCCCGGGGGUUAACUGAUGAUGAUUUUUUCUGUCCUGGGAACAGGCUGAUGCCCCUCCUCCUGUCCGCUUGUAGCCAUGGCGGGGGAGGGACAGGCAGAACUAACUAGCCCAGCAUCCAGCCCGGGCUGGUGGGCGGGGCCCCCCAGGCUCCCAGCUUUUGCUGGAUCCUUACUCAGACACUAACUUAGUUCCUGAUUCGAGCGGAGCUCCCACGGUGGGGGAGGAAUCGGAAGGUUGUGCAGCCUCUGCCAGCUGCCCUUGAAACCCAUUCAGACCGUGGUCACUUCCAGAUUCUAAACUGUAUAUUUUUCUCAUGAUAUUGUUAAAACAGCGAGGAAACAUUAAAAAAGCCCUAUAGCA